AUCCCAGCGGAGGCGCCGGACGUUGGGCGCCGCCGAACUGAGAGGAAAUGGCAGGGCGGCCAGGGCCUCCGCCCGUGGAGCCGGCGGGAACCGUAGGCCGGGCUGAGGAGGCCGGAGGGCAGGCCAAGUCCUCACAGAAAAUUGAAGACUUGAUGGAAAUGGUGAAGAAGUUGCAGAAAGCGGGAAGCCUAGAGCCCAGGGUUGAGGUCCUGAUUAACCGGAUUAACGAGGUUCAGCAAGCAAAAAAGAAAGCCAGUGAGGAGCUGGGAGAGGCCCGGACUGUCUGGGAGACGCUGCAGAAGGAACUGGACUCAUUGAGUGGAGAGAAAGCACACCUGAAAGAGAUCUUGAGCAAAAAGCAAGAGACCCUGAGGAUCCUCCGGCUCCACUGCCAGGAGAAGGAGAGUGAGGCACAGAGGAAGCAAACUAUGCUGCAGGAGUGCAAGGAGCGAAUUUCUUCCCUGAACUCCCAGAUUGAGCAAGAAAAGAAAAAACAGAGGCAGCUGAGGUUGGACUUCGAGGAACAACUGGAGGAUCUGAUGGGCCAGCAUAAGGACCUCUGGGAAUUUCACAAGCCAGAGAGGCUGGCCCUGGAGAUUGGCGCCCUAGACAGCAGCAAGGAGCAGUUGCUCAAAGAAGAGAAACUGGUGGAGGCAAAGCUGGAGGAUGUGAAGCAUCGACUGUGCUCCCAGUUUGGAGCCAAGGGCUGCUCAACAAUCACUGAGGGGCUCUUCCUCCGCAGCCAGGAGGCAGCAGCUGUGGUGCAUCUGUUUGAGGAGGAGAACAAGAAGGCCCAGGAGCUCCUGGAGGCUGCUGCCCAGCGCCAGGAGCAACUACAACAGAAGUGCCAGCAGCUGCAGCAGAAGAGGCAGAGGCUGAAGGAGGAGCUGCAAAAGCUUGGGGUGCAGGUCCCUGCUCAAGCCCAGAGCAAGCAAGAGGAAGGGGCUGGCCCAGGAGAAGCUGUGAGUCCUGGAAUCUGGUGCAGGGAGCAGAGACAGCUUAUGAAAGGAGCUGUGGGUGGGAAGGCAAGAAGGGGGUCCGCAGAUUCCUCAGAAGAAAGUCUUCAGGGAAGGGCAUUCCCGAAGGGAUACAGCCAAGGCAAAGGAGCAGAGGCUGGCAGUGGUGGGAUGAGGAGGGGCAGGACCCAGAGAGGGUCUGGGCACAGGGAUGUGAGGAGACUCCCACCUCAGACCCUAACCCUCUGCAGGCCGAUCCCAAGCCCCUUGGAGUCAUUGAGGAGAAAGACCCAGAGCUGCCCACCGAGCAGGGCCUGAUGCCCUCCUAGGCAGGGAGGACCCACCCUGCACUGAAGCUUAUGCCCUGGGCUUCAGGAAAUAAAGGCAUUAUUUCAAUAC